AGCGGCGCGGCGGGCGGCGCACACACGCACACACACCUCCCUGCAUGUGAUUAAAUGGCUCGAAAUCUGCUUCUGAUUUCCUCGGGGAGGUGACUUUUCCCUUCUUUUCAACCCGGGAUUUAUUGGAGCCUUUUUACUCCGCUUCCAGGCAGCGACCGGGACUCGGGUUCUCCGCUUCUUGGCUUUUGUAAUUUUUUUUGUGUGUGUGUGGAUCUUUUUUUUCCCCCUAAUUUAUUAUUUUUUCCUUUUCCUCUCCUUUUCUCCUUCGCUCCUUCCCCGCCGCCCCACGAGCAGCCACGGGCAGUGCGGUGGAUCUGGCGGGAGCUCUGCCGGCUGCGGGCACAGCGCUGUGGACCCGCCCGCAGCGCCGGAGCAGCGCUCCCGCUUCGCUCUAUUUCGCCUUAUUUCGCUUUCGCUCUAGUUUUUUUUAUUAUUAUUAUUUCCUGGAAAAUUAUUAUUAUUGCUCUUUUUUUCUUUCUUUCUUUCUCUUUUUCUCCUUUUUUUUUUUUUUCUCCUUUUUUUUUUUUUUUUUUUUUUCUUUUUUCCUGUUGCCAUCAGCCAAGGGAAGGGGAGCGGCCCCGCACUGCCGCCCGCGCUGCUGUGGCGGCCCCGGCUCCUCUCGCCGCCGCGGCCCCGGACCCUCCGGCGGACCGAGCCCGCUACCUGCCUGGCCGCGGGAGGAUGGAGGCCCCACAGCUCCUGCGCCUGCUGCUCACCACCAGCGUGCUGCGCCUGGCACAGACUGCAAACCCCUUCGUGGCUCAGCAGACACCCCCAGAUCCCUGCUAUGAUGAGAGUGGGGCUCCCCGUCGCUGCAUCCCCGAGUUUGUCAACGCUGCCUUCGGGAAGGAGGUGCAGGCUUCCAGCACCUGUGGGAAGCCCCCGACUCGGCACUGCGAUGCCUCGGACCCCCGCCGAGCCCACCCACCCGCCUACCUGACCGACCUCAACACGGCCGCCAACAUGACGUGCUGGCGCUCCGAGACCCUGCACCACCUCCCCCAUAACGUCACCCUCACCCUCUCCCUCGGCAAGAAGUUUGAGGUGGUCUACGUCAGCCUCCAGUUCUGCUCGCCCCGGCCGGAGUCCACCGCCAUCUUCAAGUCCAUGGACUAUGGCAAGACGUGGGUGCCCUACCAGUACUACUCCUCGCAGUGCCGCAAGAUCUACGGCAAGCCCAGCAAGGCCACCGUCACCAAGCAGAACGAGCAGGAGGCCCUGUGCACCGACGGCCUCACCGACCUCUACCCGCUCACCGGCGGCCUCAUCGCCUUCAGCACGCUCGACGGGCGGCCCUCGGCCCAGGACUUUGACAGCAGCCCUGUGCUGCAGGACUGGGUGACGGCCACCGACAUCCGGGUGGUGUUCAGCCGUCCCCACCUCUUCCGCGAGUUGGGGGGCCGCGAGGCUGGCGAGGAGGACGGGGGGGCCGGGGCCACCCCCUAUUACUACUCGGUGGGCGAGCUGCAGGUCGGCGGGCGCUGCAAGUGCAACGGGCACGCCUCGCGCUGCGUCAAGGACAAGGAGCAGAAGCUGGUGUGCGACUGCAAGCACAACACCGAGGGGCCCGAGUGCGACCGCUGCAAGCCCUUCCACUACGACCGGCCGUGGCAGCGGGCCAGCGCCCGCGAGGCCAACGAGUGCCUGGCCUGCAACUGCAACCUGCACGCUCGGCGCUGCCGCUUCAACAUGGAGCUGUACAAGCUGUCGGGCAGGAAGAGCGGCGGCGUUUGCCUCAACUGCAGACACAACACGGCUGGGAGGCACUGCCACUACUGCAAGGAGGGCUUCUACCGGGACCUCAGCAAGUCCAUCACGGACCGCAAGGCCUGCAAAGCCUGUGACUGCCACCCAGUCGGAGCUGCCGGCAAGACCUGCAACCAAACAACAGGGCAGUGCCCGUGUAAGGACGGCGUGACCGGCCUCACCUGCAACCGCUGCGCCAAGGGCUUCCAGCAGAGCCGCUCGCCCGUGGCCCCCUGCAUCAAGAUCCCUGCCAUCAAUCCGACCUCUCUCAUCACCAGCACGGAGGCACCUGCAGACUGUGACUCCUACUGCAAGCCAGCCAAAGGCAACUACAAGAUUAACAUGAAGAAAUACUGCAAGAAAGAUUAUGUGGUCCAAGUGAACAUUUUGGAAAUGGAGACGGUGGCCAACUGGGCCAAGUUCACCAUCAACAUCCUCUCCGUCUACAAGUGCCGCGACGAGCGGGUCAAGCGUGGAGACAACUUCUUGUGGAUCCACCUCAAGGACCUGUCCUGCAAAUGCCCCAAAAUCCAGAUCAGCAAGAAGUACCUGGUGAUGGGGAUCAGCGAGAACUCCACCGACCGGCCAGGACUGAUGGCCGACAAGAACAGCCUGGUCAUCCAAUGGAGGGAUGCCUGGACUCGCCGCCUUCGGAAACUGCAGCGGCGGGAGAAGAAAGGGAAGUGUGUGAAGCCCUGAGGGCCUCGUGCCCCGCACAGGUCCCGGCCCGGCCGCGCACCCAGCCUGUGCCCAGAGACUCUGUACAUAUAUAUCGUGUGAACGGACUCUUCUGUCUAUAGUGUAUAUUUUGGCAAUGGUUCCCCUUUGUGUGUGUGUGUGUGCACGCGUGGAUGUGUAUGUGUGUGGGUCUCCUUCUCUCAGUGUGUAUUAAAAAUAAGGCGGUAAUGACAAACCUUUAAUGAGGAGCAAAGCAGAGGGGGUCCUGGGGGUGCCUGUUGCCUAAAGGAGCUUGAGGGGCUGGUUUCUUGCUCCGGGCAUGCUGUUCCUCAUCCUUCUGUCCUAGUCUCUCUUUCCCCUUGUGCAAAACCUUCUGCCCAGUGCUGCUGUCUGAGCUCGCAGCUCUCUCUGCUGUGUGCUGAGGGUCUGCUUCCCCCUCACGUGCUGCACAUGCGCUGCUCUCAGCUCUCAUGCCCCCUUUUCAUGUGCAGCAGAGACAGGAGGUCACUUUCCUCCAUCCCGGUGCACACACGGACUGGCUGGGUGGAGACCAUCCAGCACUGCAGGACCAGCCCCAGAAGCUCGCUGGGAGAACCAAGUGACCUUUCUCCAGACCCGAUCCUGCAGGACCUCAGCUUUACACAGACUGGUGCUGCUGCCCAGGGGCAGGGCCCAUGGAAAUCUUGGGGACAGCCAGGGUUGUUGGUCACCACCCCACAGAGCUGCGCUCAGCAGGGAGCAGGGAGCUGCCUGUCCAGGUGCACGGCCCAGGUGACCCAACAGGAAAGACCUGCAGAUACCCAUAUUCUUCUCUUGUGCCAGCUCUGCGUGCUGCUGUGACUUUGGCCAUGCCAGAGGUGUGGAGGCAGAGGUGGCAGGAAGAGAGAAGAGCUUUUGCUGACCAACCUCCAGUCUUUUAUGUCUUCCUCAUACUGUAUUAAUCUCCAGUUCAAACAGACAUCAGUUUCUUUCCAUGUUGAGGUUAUAGUGGUCUCAGCAUAAUAAACAUGAGUGGAAAUAAUAGCUGAUCUGACAGUAGAUGUUCCUUUCCGUAUAAACCUUGCCUGUUUAGGAAAGCUGCGAGGCUCAGCAAGGAGCUGCAGCCUGUGCUGCUGUUUCCUGGUGUGUCAGGAAGAUGCUUUGGCCUUCUGUGCCCAUCACAUGGUGAGCAGCCAACACAUCCCAGGGGUGUCUGCAGCAGAGGAGAUGGCACAGCCCUGGGGCAUCAGGUCAGGGGAGUAAGGGGAGUGAGUAUCUACACACUUGGAGAAGCUGUUGAAGAUAGCGAUGAUUGCUUUUCAGAGGCACGUGGGGCCAGCAGUGCUGUCCUUCUGGCCCUGCGGAUGCCACUUUGCUCUUGCAGAGCACUGGAAGAACUGGAGUAGAAGAGGGGCAAAGUGUGAGUUGGGCCUGUGUGGUUUUGGAUGAGUUGUUCCUGUGCUAUGCUUCCAACUCAGAGCUUCCUUCCCUGCUCCAGACGAGUUGAAGGGACUCUCCCGACCCCAGUGCUGCUGUUCUGGUUGUCACAGGCCACCAGCCUCUGCCACAAGAUGUCCCUUGAACUACACAGACACCCAGCCCUCUUACUCCUGCUGCUGCUUGCACCCAGCAACCCUGGCUGGCCACACCGCUGUUGUCAUGCUGGAACUGGGCAGAGGCAUCCUCAGCUGUGCAUGGAGGGACUCCUCUUGGGAUGGGCUCAGCAUUGCACUGGGAUCUGCCUGGCCCUCUCCUCCUCAGCCACAGCUGUGGAAGAGCAGCAGAACAUGAAUGCUGCCCUGGACAGGACUGCAGAAGGAGCAUGCAACCUCCAAGCACACACGUGAAGAUCCCGUGCUCCCCAGAAUCCACUCCACACAUACUGCGGGACGGGAAGCUCCAGGUUUUCCUUUGGCACCUGUCUCCUCUUCAUCUGAAGUCACCUCUAAAGCUCUGGGAGGACUUUGGCGUCGGCAGCUGCUGUUUGGGAUUUAUCCUGCUCUCUGUUCAGCCCCCAGGACGAGUGAUCCCAGCAGUGCCUCACAUGCACCCUGCUGGGCCCUGCACUGUGCAACCCAGCGCCACCACACAGCUGCCAUCACAUGAACCUGAGCUGGGCACCAGCUGCAGGCAGGGACCCACAUCUGGGGGCCCAGCAGCACUGCUGGGGGUGCUCUGAGAGGUGUAUGUAAUUCCCACAUGUCUGCAUGCCUUUUUGUCACCUCUUCCCAUUUGCUUUAGAAGUGAAGCGUAUCACCAGGUGGAGCAAACCCAAGAGACUGGCAGGGUCAUUUUGGGGAGCCCUAUGUGGGUUUGGGGGGCUUUGCUGGGCUUUCUGGUCUGCUGAGAUGUGCAAUAUAUGUACCACCUGGGGCACCCAUGAAAGCCGUGUCAAACAUGUACAAAGAAAAGCCAGCAGAUGUUACGGACCACAGUGUAACAUACAUAUGUACGUUUGUUUUUUAUUAUUAUUUUAUUAUUAUUAUUUUUAAUAACACGAGUCUAAUAAGUA